CGGGAGCAGAGGGCCAGACCGCAGAGCUCUUCCGGAGGCGGAUAAUCCCCUCAUCUCCUCACGCAGUUCCAGAAAGGAUUUGCUCUGACUCACCUACAGGAGGACACCUUCUGGCAGCUGCUGCAGUUUACCACUAUAGGAGAACCCUGGAUGUGCGCAAAUAUGGAUCCUUGCGUCUCCCUUUGCGCCUUGUGGUGUAAAUAGAGCAAUUUACUGAGUGGAUAAUGUGGCAGCUGCUGCCUGGGAGGAACUAUUGAAGUCUGUCACUUCUUUAUAAACAGUCAUCAUUUCGGCAGCAUGUCGCUGACGCUCAGUCUGGCUUUAGGUGUAACUGUUCUCUGGCGCAUCAGCGGCGAACCGCUGACUCCUUCAACUGCGACACAUUUAAACUCAACAUCCACCUCCGUCAUCCAUGAAGGAGUGACGAGUAAAAACGCCACGGAAGAUGCUUUGGGAUCCCCGAUGUCACCUUUGAUGACUUACCUGCCAACUCUAAAAAACGUCGUUAUUUUGAUCUGCGUGCUGACAGCUGUCCUCAUCACAUGCCUGGUGAUCAAAGUGAUCAGAUCUGGCCGAAAAAUCAGGAAAACACGAAAAUACGACAUAAUUACCACACCGGCAGAGCGGGUGGAGAUGGCUCCUCUGAACGAGGAGAACGACGACGAGGAUGACUCCACUCUGUUUGAUGUCAAAUACAGGUGAAUCCAACUUGGGACAACUGUUGUCUUUCUAACAGUUUUUUCCACCUCAACCCAACGUCAGUGAUUUUGCCAUCAAAGUGUCGUCAUGCCAACGACUUCUGCAGCUUGUGUUUUACCUGCGUUGCAAAUGAACAGAUGUCAUUGUCUACUGUAAUGCAAGGAUUGUUUCAUCACGCUAUCUAGAUAACUUGCUCAGUGUUUCUUAAAUAAGACAUCAUAUGGAUGGAACUCCUCCAUCAAACUUGAAAUGGUUUGGAGUUAUCCUUUCUAAAAAACUGUCCUCUUCAUUAUGACUUUAAUCUUUGGAUCUUGUUCAACCCUGAACUGAUGUAUUAUGAUCUAAGCUGGAGGUUAAAGGAAACAAAUUUAUUUCCUGCCAGUGAGGGUUUUAAAAAGAUAAGAAGCACAAAAUGUUGGUUUCUACAAACCUCAAAUUGAACUUGUGAGCUCCACUAUUAUAUUUAUGUUUUACCCACUAACCAUCUGAUUGUGAAUAUAUACUGUUAGUUUUUUUUUAUUUUUUUUAUUUCAGAUUCAGUUUUGGUUUGCUGCUAUCGAGCUGAUCUUAGUCAGUGUUUUAAAGCUGGACUUCAGAAUACCCUCAGGAUGUCUGUUAAAGUGUGUUUGCUGAGAAUGUGAAUGCUGUCUGCCGUCAUUGAAGCUGUUUAACCAGGACUGAUCUGCUGGAGCUGUAGGUUCAGUGGUUAAAAUAACACCAUGACAACAUGUUGCCAGUGUUACAGAGUCAAAACAAUUUAAACAUCUCUCAGUUAGGGUCCUGAAAUCUGAUCUCUCUUGUGUACAUAAAAAAAAGGUAUUUUCUAGAGCCUUUCAAGAAAUCCGCCUUUAGCUUGCAGCAUAUUUUCCCACAGAAGAGCCUUUAGUUUUGUUAUUGCUUAAUAAUUUGCUAAAACAAAUAAAAACACAUCUUUUUUUUUCUGAAACUACAAUAAAAAUGUACACUGAGAAUAAAAACACUCCCCUAUAGAAUUUCGGACUUUAAAAAGCUGCAGCUUAUUCUGUUUUGUAUACAUUCAUGUCAGUGAAAUCACGAGGCGCACAACGAAGCCAAUAAGCUGGCAUUGCUAAGCAUCAUAGCGGACGAGUGACUUGACAGAUUUAAGAACCUAAGUUCAUGUCUAUCUGAUUACAUAUAGUCCAGUUUCCCCACUCAUUUAAUUAGGAAAUGUUUCUUGGAUAGCCUUAAAUAACUUUGUGUUGACUAGCAACUAUUUUCACCAGCGCCCCAUUUUACAAACCAGGGUUAGAGGUCAAAUCGUGCGUACCCUGGCUUUUCUGUUGCAGGAAGCUAGGAAGCCAUUCACCUGAGUACAAUUUUGACGACCGUAUGAAACAACCCAGCUCAGUUUGGACAAACUCUAUGCAAUAUUUCCUACUUUUUAAGCUGAGAACUGCACAAGGAAGUGUUGAAAAUGGCGUCGCCUUUUCUGGACAAACUUGUUGAGAUCCGAGUGCAGAUACUCUGGAGAUAUCUAUGUCAGGAUGAGGUGCUUAGAAUAUCUCUUGCUUAAAGACAUUGGAUUUUAGACAUUGGCACUUAAUAAGAUUAAUUUACCAUUUUCAUGUUCUUAUUAACGUUAACAAUAUGGAAUUAACAGUGUCAAGAAGGCCUGUAAUACAUUACAUGUUUGGGGAAUCACUCAGCAAUCAUUUAUGCCUGGUAUGGUACACCUUGAGAUAUUCAAUGCAUACACAAAAAAAUGUGAUGCCCACAUUGUAAAACUUUCUGAAAAGGAAUUUGAAAAGACAUUUAUUUGCAAACACAACAUAUAAAUAUAAAUUUUAUGGGUCAAUAUUAAAUCUAUAUUAAUGAAAUGUAUUUCUAGAGCUGAUAUCUAUAUAUAUAACUGUUACAUUUAUGGGUAAAUCUAUAUCUUGUAUCUAAAUUUUACAACUAAUAAAUACAAACCUUACAUCUAUAUGUUGAAUCUAAAUAUAUAUCUUGAAUGCUGGGUAGAUUUACAUUUAUAAUAAAAUAUAAACACUAACUUUUAUGUGCCACUCUAUACGUGACAAUCGUCCUCUGUCAUUUAAAAAAAACAUAAAAUUCUGUUUACUUUUAAUUGUUUAAUAAAAUCAUAAAGGACACAACUGGACACCUGAUAAUUUCUUUAAAAACACUUUGUAAUGUAAAGCUUUAAUCUAAGUUAAAUGGAAAGAGGUGGUUUCGUAUCUAUUUCCUGUGCUGUUUUCACAGUUAAAUCUCGUAGAUAAACCAACUGAAGCUGCUAUCUGCCCUUGUUUUGGUUUUUUUGUAUUUCAGUUUUUCUAAAUGUUUUUAGAAAGAAAAAUAAACCACUAAACAGAUAACAUCCCGUGGCAA